CUUCCUCCUCCGCCAUUCUGCUAUUCAGUGGGCGAGCGGGGGCCCAUCUACAGUCCUUACCGCCCUCCCACCUUGCUUCCCAGGAAAGAGCCGCUAAAAGUCCAGUCUAAUCCAGAUGACCUUCACGGUCCCUUCCAACUCUGCUAUUCAGUGGGCGAAUGGGGGGAGGGGGUCAGGCUGCAGUCCUUCCUCCCCCCUGCCAGGAAAGAGCUGCUGGCAGACCGGCUGCUGGUUCUCCCUUCCGGGGCUCCCUGGGUGGCUUGAGGCCAGACGUGUAGAAUGGAAGGGGCCCUGGUGAUGCCAGCCCUGGGCCGCCCCUUCCAGCUGGGGAUGCCGCAGAGAUUCCCUGAUCCCAGAUAUGACUUUGUGGGACGCUGACCUUUUACAAAAGCGGGUACUGACAGAGGACCAACCCCGCAAGAUGGACUUUCAGGUCCUCCCCUUGGAGUCUCUUGAAAGCAAAGCCUCUGCCCUCCACCUAAAGGGCUCUCUGAAGGCCAGUUUCUUCGGGGGGCUUUUUAAAGUGGGGGGAGCAGCCACCUACCUGGAAGAGAAUCCACCCUCCAGGAGCCAAGCCCGUGGGACCCUUCACCUCUCCGUUACUACUGAAAUGAAGUUCUUGGCCACGGAUCUGCUCCAUGGGGGGAAUGUUUCUUAUCAGGAAGCAUUCGUGGAGGGGUCAGCCACCCACGUGGUCACAGCGCUGCUGUACGGGGCCCAGGCCUUCUUUGUUUUUGAUUGUGGAGUCUCCGAAUCUGAAGAUGUCCGGGACGUCCAGCGGCAUCUUCUGCAGAUGAUUGAGAAGGUACCGAAAGUUUCUGCAGGAGGAAGAGACACCCCCAGAUGGAGCGAAGCAGAGAGAGAAAUGGAAGGAAAGAUCCACUCUACAGUCUACAGCGACAUCCCCCUGAAAAACCCAACUACUUUCUGAGAGGUCUUUCAAAUCUAUGCCUUUUCCUCCCAAGCGUUCGGAGAAAGGGAGAACACGGUCCCGGUGAAAGUCUGGUUGUAUCCGCUCAUCAAGUUGGAUCCCAAAGCGGCUCGGAUCAUCCGGGAGCCACCCAUGGGCUGGCUCCGGGAGGCAGAAGCUCACCUGCAAUCCCUGAUCAAAGUCGAUCUCCGGUGCCAGGAUCUGAUCAAAUCCCCCAUCGCAGAUCUCUUCCCAGAGAUGAAGGUCCAAGUCAAACAGCUCAGGUGUCUCUGUCGGCGACAUGGUCAAAUUUUCCGGCAAGAGGUUGGGAAGGCAUUGCUUGCCGUUCGCAUGGGACAGGAAGAGGCCGCAGUUUUGGGGGGCGUGUUAACACGCUUGCUCUGCUCCCCUUUCCAUCAGCAGGCCCUGAAGAAGCUUCUCGCGAGAAAGAAACAGAAGAUGGACUUUGUGAAACUUUGCCUGUCCCACCUUGAAGGGCUGGAAGUCGUCUCUACUCCGGACAAGCUUGAGGAAAUAUUGUUUGACUGCCGACACAAGGUUGUGGUCGCGUUUGUGUUGACUUCCUUACACAGGGAGGAACCCUCUUUAGAUGGCUUGCGAGGUUGGCUCCCUUUAGAGGGAAGUGGAGAACCAGCGAUGGUGGGGCCCUCCUCAGAGAAGCAACCAUCCCAGCUGUGGUUUGAGGAUGAAGAGAGGAAGCAAUGGAUCCGCUGUGCGGUUUCUUCCCUUUCAACCUUUGCCGAGAUCCACCGGGAAAAGGAGAAUGUUCGCUUCCUGGUUUCCUCGGUCUGGGAUGAGAGCCAUCCGGGAGCCUCAGUUUACCUCUAUGAAAAUGGCAAGUUGAUCAACAGACACUUGGAGCUGCCCUUCAGACCUGCUCCUCCGGAGGUCGAGUUGUACCAGCCGGACCGUGUCUGGAUCAAAGUCAAUCCGGUGAGCUUUGGGGCGUGUUCCAUCUCCAGGUACGAAGUGGAAUAUCGGAUUGCAGGGGAGACAUGGACCAGCGUCCAUAUGAAAUGUCCAGAGGAUGGAAUCAGCCUAGAUGUCCAUCGAAACAUCCAAUACCAGUUCCGAUGCGCUGUUGUGACUCAAGUAGGGAUCGGACAAUGGAGUGAGAUCGUUUCCCUCUGUCCCACGGAGAAGCCCGAAAAGGAGGCACCUCUUCCAGGAGGGAGACAGGCUGAAUUCGGACCACGGGGCCAUGGAGGAGAAGAGCUCAGAGUCGUCCUUGUGGGGAAAACUGGCGCUGGGAAAAGCGUGAGGGGAACACCAUCUUGAAGAGCAAACAUUUCGUCUCCGAGAUGAGUCUCCAGACCGUAACCCGAAGUUGCCAAAGGGGGGAGAGGCGGCUGAAGGACCGGAAGAUUGUGGUGGUCGACACACCCGGAGUUUGCGACACCCAGCGCUCCGA